CUUCUCGCCGAAGGCUUCUGGUUGCUCUUUUGUUCCGCUUCUCUGCAUCUCCCAUCGUCCGCUUUCAUCAGCCCCGCGUUGGCAGCACCUAGAUCGCUCGCUUGAGCGUCGUCUUUCCUCCUCCGAAUUGCCCGCAUCCCACGUCGCAUCGCACCGCAGUAGCCAUGUCGUUUCUUGGCGGCGCUGAAUGCUCCUCGGCGGGCAACCCGCUCAGUCAAUUCACAAAACAUGUCCAGGACGAUAAGAGCCUCCAGCAUGACAGACUUGCCGGCAGAGGGCCGAGUCCUGCCGUUGGCGGCUUCAGGAGCGCCGUCCACAACGCGCCCCAGGACGAGAUUGUGAACGGCUUCCUCCACCGGACCCCGGGCCUCCCCGAGAUGCCGCUCGAGCAGCAAGGCCCCAUGAACCAAGUCCACAUCGACCAGAGCCACGGCGUCCAUCUCCGCGCCCAUUCCGCCUCGCCCAUGUCGUCCGCCUGGGCCCCGCCCGACACCCAGGCCGCCAUGGAGGCCGCCUUCAACGCACCGCCGGAAACCCACUUCAGCCCCGAAGAGUUCGCCAAGUUCCAGCACAUGAACGGCUCCGCGUCGUCCACCGCCCGAGCCGGCCCCAUGCCGGGGCCCAGCGCCGGCAUGCUCGCUCAGUCCCAUAUUCCCGGGGCGCUGGGGGGUAUGAGCCAUCCCAUGAUGAUGCGCCCCAUGUUCCAGCCCAUGUACGGGCCUCAGAUGCACAUUGCUCCCCGGCAGCCGCAACAGGAGGCUGAGGGCAAGGGAAAGGGCAAGGUGGUCGAGCUAGACGAGAGCCAGUGGGAAGAACAAUUCAGACAAAUGGAGCUGCACGACCGGCAGCUCCGCGAGGAGCAGGACGAAGCACAGGCGAUGGAACGGGAGCUGGACCGGAUGGACGAGAAGCUGCUGCACUCUGAAACCGGCUACGGCGAUCUCGAAUCGAUCUGGCGCGGCAUUCAGGCCGAACGAGAGGCGAUGAAUGAGUUGGAUGACGUCGAAGACGACUUCGCUAAGUUCGACAGUUCCCACUUUGGCGGCGAUAACCUUCACGACUGGGGGCUCAACAAUCGCUACGGCGCCGACCCAAUCGUGCAGGAGUAUCUUUUCGAGGAGGAGAACCUGUUCCAGGACCAACCCAAUCCCUUCGAGGAGGGCGUGCGCAUCGUGAAGGAGGGCGGCAACCUCUCGCUCGCGGCCCUUGCCUUCGAAGCCGCCGUGCAGAAGAACCCCGACCACGUUGAAGCGUGGGUCUACCUCGGCAACGUCCAGGCCCAAAACGAGAAAGAGGAGGCCGCCAUCCGAGCGCUCGAGCACGCCCUGAAGCUCGACCCCAACAACCUCGCCGCCCUGAUGGCGCUGGCCGUUUCCUACACCAACGAAGGCUACGACAGCACUGCCUACCGCACCCUCGAGCGCUGGCUCUCCGUCAAGUAUCCGCAGAUCCUCGCCCCGACCGAGCUCUCGUCGGCCGCCGAAAUGGGCUUUACCGACCGCGCCCAGCUGCACGAGCGCGUGACCGACCUCUUCCUCUCGGCGGCGCGCCUCGCGCCCGACGGCGAGCACAUGGACCCGGACGUGCAGGUCGGCCUGGGUGUGCUCUUCUACGGCGCCGAGGAGUACGACAAGGCGGUCGACUGCUUCCAGGCGGCGCUGCACAGCUCCGAGCUGGGCACAUCCAACCAGCGCGAGCAGGUCCACCUGCUCUGGAACCGCCUGGGCGCCACGCUGGCCAACUCGGGCCGCUCCGAGGAGGCCAUCGCCGCCUACGAGAAGGCCCUCUCCAUCAACCCCAACUUCGUCCGCGCCCGCUACAACCUCGGCGUGUCGUGCAUCAACAUCGGCUGCCACGCCGAGGCCGCCGGCCACCUGCUCGCCGCGCUCGACAUGCACAAGACCGUCGAGAAGAGCGGCCGCGAGAAGGCCAGGGAGCUCCUCGGCGCCGGCGCCGACGCCGCCAACGCCGACGCCCGCAUCGAGGCCAUGACCACCCAGAACCGAAGCACCACCCUCUACGACACCCUGCGGCGCGUCUUCACCCAGAUGGGCCGGCCCGACCUGGCCGAGAAGGUGGUCGUCGGCGUCGACCCGGAUAUUUUCCGGGGCGAGUUUGACUUUUGACGGGGAAGAUGACGGCGGCCCCGGCGACUCUGACCGGGAAGCGCUCCGCCGAGGCCGUCGGAUGUGGUACCUGACUGGUACCGGGAGGGUGCUGUGGGAGAGGAUAAUCGUCUACUAACCAAGUAACUCUACUACACCGCAGGGAAAUUCUUCCCCGUCUUGUCUCACUCUUUCCAUUCUACGGCUGGUCACCGUUGCAUUGGUUGAGUCGAGCAAAACAAGGCGGGACUGAUGACUAGCGUGAUG